AUUGUCAACAAAUCGAUCGCAUUUUUUUCCGGAGUGCUAAUUUUUUUUACAAAAUUCAACAUUUUUUAACUAAAAAUCCGCUUCAAAAAGAGUUUCAAGCAAAAUUUAAGAAGUUUCCGUACAUUUUUCUACUAAAAGUCUUUAAAAAUCUCCAAAAAUGGCGGAUGUACGAGACAUUUUAGAUAUUGAGCGCCCUCCGACUCCCGAACUGACGAAGGAAUCCUUACUUGCGACGAAGAAAAAGUACAUUUAUGAAAAGGCAAAAACCAUGAAACGUCCCGAAGGAAUGCAUCGUGAGGUGUUCGCCUUGCUCUAUAACGACAACAAAGACGCUCCUCCGCUCUUGCCGACCGAUACGGGGCUCGGAUAUAAGCAGAAUAAAGCGCGUCUUGGCAUGAAAAAGGUCCGAAAAUGGGAAUGGGCGCCUUUUACGAAUCCCGCACGCAAAGACGGAGCCGUUUUUCAUCAUUGGCGACGUGCGACAGACGAACAGAAGGAAUAUCCCUUCGCGAAAUUCAACAAACAGCUUCAAAUUCCGACUUAUACGAUAAAUGAGUACAACACACAUUUGCGCACGAACCCGUCGAAAUGGAAUAAACAGCAAACGGAUCAUUUAUUUGACUUGGCGAAGCGAUUUGAUGUGCGUUUUGUCGUGAUGGCGGAUCGUUGGGAUCGCGACAUGCACGGAACAAAGUCUGUGGAGGACCUGAAAGAGCGUUAUUACGAAGUUAGCGGAAUUUUGCAAAAAGUACGGGGUCAAGCGACAAAUCCAGAGAAGAAAAUUUACGUUUACGAUGCGGAACACGAGCGAAAACGCAAAGAACAGCUCCGGAAAUUGUUCGAUCGCACCCAAAAAGAGAUCGAGGAAGAGCAACAACUCCUGAAUGAAUUGAAAAAAAUCGAAGUUCGCAAGAAGGAACGCGAAAAGAAGACCCAAGACCUGCAAAAACUCAUUUCGCAGGCGGAUCAAGGCGAUUUGGCGGCAAAUCAAGCAAAUCGCAAGCAAGACAAGAAAUUAAACAAGAAAAAAGUUCCGGCGCAACAACGCCCCUCGAAAGUUGAGCUCGUUGUCAGCUCCAUCGAGAGUGCAGGCAUCAAAUUUGCCGAUUUACGAGGCACUGGCGUCUCAUUGCGGUCACAACGAUUAAAAUAUCCCGCAAAUGUCGGACAGAAAAAAAUCAAGGCACUCGAAGCGCUGCUGGCGGAAUACAAAAUUGAAGCAAAUCCGCCGCCAACUGACGAAAUUUGCACCGCUUUCAAUGAAUUGCGGUCCGAUAUGGUUUUGUUGUACGAACUGCGAACGGCGUUACAGACUUGCAACUUUGAACUUGAAAGUCUCAAACAUCAGUAUGAGAUGCUUUGUCCCGAUAAGACACUCGCCAUUCCGCCAUCGCUUCAAAUGCCGAGCGACGGGGUGCAUAAAGUCACUUCGACAACGACAACUUCCUAAAUUUUUAAUGUAAUUUUCGUAUUUUUCUCCCGAAUUCGGGAUUUCUUCGAGUUUAGAAAUAGAUUUAAUUUAAAAAAUUAUUUUUUCCAUGUGACAAAAAAAAAUAAAAUAAAAAGUUUGAUUA